AGCUCCAACUUUUGCAGACUUGCAGGUCCUCCAGCCAUCCAAGCUCCAGCCUCCAGCGGACCAGCUUAGCAGGCGACAACUACAAGUCUUGGAAGUCGGAAGUUGGAAGCAAGGCUUGUUGACGACAUUGAGAGUGAAUCAUUUGAAUUUUGAAGGUUUUGGGGAUUUCAAUUUGAAUAAGUCACAAUGGAAAGUCAAGGAAGCAAGAGAGAAAAAACUUUGUUUUCAUUCUUUAAACCAAGAGAAAGUGCAUCAACCAGUGAAGGGCAUUCUCCAUCUAAUGUUGAUAUCUCAAAUCACCAACCACCCCUUUCCAAAUCUCGAAGAGUUGAAAUUGAUCUUAGUACUCUUGAACGGGAUCCUGGGAUUCGGAUCCCUAUAUGGCAACAUCCCGUUAAUCAACGAGAUGAAAUUAGGAGAGCUUAUAUCAAAAUGGGUCCGUAUCAACCUAAGUUGGCAGAGUACCGAAGGACUAAUCAGAUUGGUAAUCUACAUCGAAGUGGAGCUACUCGGUGGAGCUCUCAUUUUGAUUCUAUUUGCAGCUUAAUUGAUAUGUAUGGUGCAACUAUUUCAGUGCUUGAAAGUAUUAUUGAAGAAGGAUCCUCAAACUCUAUGCGUGGAGAAGCUGGUGGUUGCUUGAUGAUAAUGAGGUCUUUUGAGUUUAUUUUCACUUUAUAUAUGAUGCAUAAAAUUAUGGGGAUUACUGAUUUGCUUUGUAAAGCUUUGCAGCACAAAUCUCUUGACAUCGUAAAUGCCAUGGAUCUAGUCUCAACUACUAAAGCACUGCUUUUCACUUUGAGAGAAGAGGGAUUUGAUCAUCUCCUUGUGCAUGUGCAAUCAAUUUGCAGACAAAAUGACAUUGACAUACCAGAUAUGAAUGCUUCAUACAAAAGAGCUACAGGUCGUUCAUGCCAACAAAAAGACUCGAUGACAGUUUGCCAACACUAUCAUUUUGAUGUGUUUAAUUCAGCAAUAGAUUUUCAGCAUGAAGAGUUGAAUUCCAAAUUUAGUGAUGGAGCAGUGGAACUCCUUAUACUUAGCUCUGCUUUAGAGCCGAAGGACAAUUUUAAAUCAUUCAAAGUUGAUGAUAUUUGCAAGCUUGCUGAGAAAUUUUAUCCAGAAGAUUUCAGUGAGCAGGAAAUGCAUUAUUUGAGAUGUCAGCUUAAUCAUUAUAAAAUUGAUGUGCUCCAUCAUAAGAGCUUUCAAAAUAUGUCUACCAUGACUGAAUUGUGUCGCGGAUUAGUUGAAACAAAACGAGCAUUUUCAGCUAUGAAACAUGUUAAAACUGCUCUUCGCAAUAAAAUGGAAGAGGAGUUUUUAGCAGAUUCUAUGAUGAUUUACAUCGAACGAGAGCUUGUUGAAGAUAUCGAUUCAGAUUCGAUAAUAGACGAAUUCUAUUCUACAAAGCAUCGAAGGCUGCAGCUUAAAUAGUGUGUUUUGUUUUUAUUUUUUCUUAUAUGUUUACGUACCUUUGAACAUUGCUACUAUGUAUGAUUUUGAAUUGAUGAUUGAUCUUGGUGGAACAACUUUUAGUGUAUAUGAUUGAUACUUGGUAGCCCAGGAUGGAAAAAAUUCCUG